AUGGACCUUGUUGGGUACACCUUCCUACUGAUCCUUCUAUUGAGAAUCUCAGUCUGUGGUCGACCAGCAGUCUUAACAAGCAUCGUCUCAGGCUGGGACGCCAACGUGGGGCAGUGGCCCUGGCAGGUCAGCAUCCGCCAGGACUUGGCUCAUGUGUGUGCAGGCACCCUCAUUUCACAGCAGUGGGUGCUGACGGUGGCGAGCUGCUUCAAGACCUGGCCUCUUAUUACAUAUACAGUGCGGGUAGGAACACUUAAAGCAGAAGAUCCAAAUGAAGGCUGGCAGUACUAUGUGUCCAAAAUCAUUAUCCACCCUAAUUUCAAAGAAACAACUGCAGACAUCGCUUUGUUGAAACUGUAUUCUUCAGUCACCUUUACAUCUCUCGUCCUGCCCAUCUGCUUACCCAAUAUAAAAAAGCAUUUGUCAAUUCCAGCCUCUUGUUGGGUGGCUGGAUGGGGGAGAGUACAUGAAAACGCAGGUCCUGAUUUCUACCCCACUCUCCAGGAAGUAAAAUUGCCUGUACUAGACCACAAGGCUUGUGAACGACUCUACAACCCAGUCAGUAUCUUUUUUCCAAAUAUGAACCCGAUUAUCAAAGAAGACAUGAUUUGUGCUGGUGAUCCUGAUGAAAAGAAGGACGCUUGCAAGGGUGAUUCUGGAGGGCCUCUGUCCUGUGAUAUUAACGGUGUGUGGAUCCAGAUAGGAGUGGUAAGCUGGGGCCUAGGAUGUGGACAAUCCCUUCCUGCAGUCUACACCAGUGUGCUAUACUACCAACAAUGGAUUAAUGCCACCAUCUCAAGAGCUGCGGUUUUGGGUUCCAAGAACCUGAAUUUAUCUGACUUCCUACUCACAACUGUACUGCUCUCUCUGACUCUCCUGGGACCCCUUUGGGACUAACAUGAUACUAGGAGAGUGGGCUGUGUAGCUGAAGCUGUCAGCUGAGUAUAAGGCUGGGAAGGGAAUGCUCACAGAAUAAGACCCAAGGACAGAAAAUUCACAGAAGAGUCACUGGGUAUGCUGGAUGACUUCAUUGAAAUCAUUUGA